CCUCGCAACCCCACGCCUGGUCGCCUUCAGCUGCAAUUAUCGGCAGAGCCCCCCGACUCCGCAGGAUUUUCUUGUUCUUAUUUUUGUUUAUUUACUUAUUUAUUUAUUUUUUGAGAAAACCAUAUGGAAUCUUCUGAUGCCCCAUUCUGUGCCCAACAGCACCUGGAAGAUAAUAAAAUUCAUGUUCUCCUCGCGGCCAGCGGGUCAGUUGCCACGAUAAAACUUCCCAAUAUUGCUCAAGCUCUUGGCCGCCAUUCUAACGUCUCCAUCCGCAUUAUUGUCACAAAAUCGGCGGAGAAGUUUCUAACGGGGCAGAGCUUGGAACAGCCGGUUCUCGAAGAUCUGCGACAGAUCCCUGGCGUGGAUGCUAUCUAUCGGGAUGAGGAUGAGUGGGAAAAUUCCUGGACUCGUGGCGAGCCAAUCCUACAUAUAGAGCUCAGAAAGUGGGCACAUGUGUUACUUGUUGCACCCUUAUCUGCCAAUACUAUGGCGAAAAUGACGAUGGGUAUCGCCGAUAACCUCCUCCUUUCCGUUCUAAGAGCGUGGGAUACAACAGGAACGGUGGACGCGAGUUUCAAGGACAAAAAGCCCCUUGUGUUUGUCGCCCCCGCAAUGAAUACAGCGAUGUGGAACCAUCCAAUCACCACAAAGCAACUGGCUAUACUGAAAGAUGAAUGGGGCGUGAAUGCCGAUAAUAAUGAAGGCUGGGUGUCUGUCCUUCACCCGAUAGAGAAGUCUCUCGCUUGCGGUGACACUGGAAAUGGAGCCAUGUUGGACUGGAAUGACAUAGUCGGUAUUGUGGAGCAGUACAUAGGUGUUAACAAGGGGCAUGGCUAACGAAACAAGUUGAGCAGGGCUUCAGGGCCCGCAAAAGAGGGAAAAGGAUUGAUGUUCUCUUCUAUGAGCGCUCCAGAGGAUUGGGUGUUUCAGUCGCCUCGUAGAAGCCACUAACUUGCGCGACGUAAUCAAAGAGCAUCCCCAGUGUGAUACCUCCGCCGGUGAACAAACAGCCGUUUUUGAACCACCACCAACAGUUUCGUACAUCUUUCAGCUGAACCUUCCAGAUCAUGAGACCGAGAGAAAUAGCCGCACUACCACAGCCGCCGACAAAGAAGAUAGGGCCGCUCCCCGCUGCUACACCUGCAGCAGCAAGUAGCGACACCUGGACAGCCGCCAGAGCAGAGAGAACGGCUUUCGUAUUGUUUUCAUGACGAAGAGCGAUAGACUUAAUGCCAGCCGCGACG